GCCCAGAGUUAAGGAAUGUCCAACAGCAGCUCCAUCAGGCACUUCCUCCUGCUGGCAUUGGCAGACACGCGGCAGCUGCAGCUCCUGCACUUCUGCCUCUUGCUGGGCAUCUCCCUGGCUGCCCUCAUGGGCAACGGCCUCAUCAUCAGUGCCGUAGCCUGCGGCCACCACCUGCACACGCCCAUGUUCUUCUUCCUGCUCAACCUGGCCCUCACUGACCUGGGCAUGAUCUGCACCACUGUCCCCAAAGCCAUGCACAAUUCCCUCUGGGACACCAGGACUAUUUCCUACACUGGAUGUGCUGCACAGGUGUUUUUCUUUGCCUUUUUCAUUGCAUCAGAAUUUGCAUUUCUGACCAUCAUGUGCUAUGACCGCUACGUGUCCAUCUGCAAACCCCUGCACUACGGGACCCUCCUGGGCAGCAGAGCUUGUGCUCACAUGGCAGCAGCUGCCUGGGCCAGUGCCUUUCUCAAUGCUCUGCUGCACACAGCCAAUACAUUUUCCCUGCCCCUGUGCCACGGCAAUGACCUGGGCCAGUUCUUCUGUGAAAUCCCCCAGAUCCUCAAGCUCUCAUGCUCACACUCCAGCUUAAGGGAAGUUGGGCUUCUUGCGGUCACUUUCUGUUUAGGUUUUGGUUGUUUUGUGUUCAUGGUUUUCUCCUAUGUGCAGAUCUUCAGGGCUGUGCUGAGGAUCCCCUCCGAGCAGGGACGGCACAAAGCCUUUUCCACCUGCCUCCCUCACCUGGCUGUGGUCUCCCUGUUCCUCAGCACUGACACAUUUGCUCACCUGAAGCCCCCCUCCAUGUCCUCUCCAUCCCUGGAUGUGGCAGUGUCCGUUCUGUACUCGGUGGUGUCUCCAGCCCUAAACCCCCUCAUCUACAGCCUGAGGAACCAGCAGCUCAAGGAAUCUCUCAGGAAAGCUGUGACUGGAUGCUUUUCAGCCUUUUCAUUGUCCCAUAAGAGCCCUCACAGUGCUUUGCAUUGGGAGCCCCAAAGGAGCUGGAAACACACCCCUGCUUUGGCUCCUGCUGUCUCUCAGCAUUCUCCCUCUGUAAAGGGGCUGCAAGUGGGUCAGAUCCUGGGAAGGGCCAGCAGGCCAGAGACCCAGAUUAACCAAAGAGAUAUUCCAGACUGUGUGGCCCCAGUUCUGGUAUAA